AUGAGACUGAACCGCGCCAACCCACAGCCCUUCUACCACUACUUCAACAACACCUGGACGCCAAUCCGGACUUCAACAGACAUCACCAAACCCCCCAACCCAUCUAAUCUCCAUCUAACCCACAGCAAAAACAUAAACAGAAUCCGGCUAACAACCUGGAACAUCGACUUCCAGACUCCCCUGGGCCGCGAACGCAUGGCCGCAGCACUGGAGUACCUGUCCCACCAGCACAGCACCCAGCCCGACGACGAGACCCCAUCAAUCAUCUUCCUCCAGGAGAUGGUCGAGUCAGAUCUCCAGCUAAUCCAGGAAUCGGGCUGGAUACAGGAGAAGUUCUUCAUCACCGAUACCAGCAGCGAUCAUUGGCGCGGGCACUAUGGGACGACGACGAUGAUCGAUAAACAGUUGGUUGUGCGGGGCGUAUUCCGGGUACCGUAUUCGAAUUCAAGGAUGGAGAGGGAUGGGUUAUUCGUUGAUGUUGAUGUUGGGCCCUUCGGGGCCGAAAGUGUAUGCAUCUUACGGCUGUGCAAUACGCACCUCGAGAGUCUUGUUUCUCACCCGCCCAGACGGCCGGUGCAGCUACGUCUCGCCUCGAGCUUCAUGCAUGGGUCUGGUCCUGGGCCUGGGCCUGAGGAUGAGGGCCUGUAUACGCCGCCGACGCCCCAUGCGGCUAUUCUAGCAGGCGACCUUAACGCCUUUGCGCCGGAGGAUCGCUCCGCGCCCGACGAGUGUGGUCUCAGAGAUGCGUUUUUGGCCCUGGGCGGGAGAGAGGGGACGGAGGAGAGUUUCACGUGGGGUCAGCAGGUGCCGGAUUGGAUGAGGGAGCGGUUUGGGUGUAGUCGUAUGGAUAAGAUUCUGUAUUGUGGUGGUGUUGAGGCCAAGAGUCUGAGAAGGAUUGGAGAUGGGGUCACGGUGAAGGUUACUUCUAAUCAGUCUGAGAGUGAGGACGAAGAUUUCUCUGAUGAUGAGGUCUGGGUCACGGAUCACUUGGGUCUACAGGGGGAGUUCGAAAUCCUGUCAUCGAGCUGUUGA